AUGGCCACGCCCCAAGGUCUCCCCCGCGAGACCUUCGCCAAACUCUCCCCACACCCAUACCUUCUCGCCAAUCUUCAGACUCCCCAAGCGGCGGGCGCAACGACACCGACGCGUAGUAACGGUCGGGCGCCCCACGAAGCUCGCACUCCCAACAUCAACACGUCCACUCUGACCCACGCUCACGGCAGCGCCCUUGUCCGGAUCGGCGACAACACCGUCAUCUGUGGCAUCCGCGGCGAGAUCCUCCCGACCGCCAACAUUCCCAACUAUCGUGCCUCCAUCCGCGACAGCGACGAUGGUGGCCGCGCCGAGCUCCGAGACUACGACCUCCUCGUUCCCAACAUUGAGCUGGCUACCGGUUCGGCACCCCAAUUCCUGCCCGGUGUGCCCCCGACGAACCUCGCCCAGACUUUGAGCACCCGUGUCUUCUCGCUACUUCACUCCUCUGGCCUCGUCAACGCCGACGACCUGAGGAUAUGGCACACGCGCCCAGCCGAGAACACAGGCUACAGCGCCGCAGAUGACGAAGACGAUGACAUGGGCGAGCUGGAGGCCGGCGAGAGGGUCGUCAUCGCGUACUGGGUGCUCUACAUCGACAUAUACUUCAUCUCGUUCGACGGCAACCCGUUUGACGCUGCCUGGGCUGCUAUGCUAGCUGCACUGCGGAACACAAAGCUGCCGGCGGCACGGUGGGACCAGGACCGCGAGAUUGUCGUCUGCUCGCGUGCAGAGCAGAAGCCUCUGACACUGUCAGGCUUCCCCAUUGCCACUUCGGCUGCCGUCUUCCAAGGCAAAGAGCCCGGCCGCUUCUGGACAUUGGUGGACCCGGACCGCCUGGAGGAAACUCUGUGCCGCGAGAAUUUGACGGUUGUCGUGGACAAGAACGGCGGCGAGACGAGACUCCUCUCAGUGUCCAAGCACGGCGGCACAACGUUACAGCCGAAGCUUGUCGGAGAGUUUGUGGCUGUCGCAGAGAGGCGGUGGGACGAGUUCCGUCGUGUGAUGGCCUGA